AUGGACGGUUCGCCUGGAGGGACGAAGCAACCACAACCCGACACCCUUGAUCCGAGUGACGGUCGCAGCCCAGAACCAACGUCGUCUCCUUGUCGAUCCUACGGCAGUCCGCCGCUCAAGAUGCCGAUGCCCCUGCACCCACGAACAGCCGGUAUUCUCAGAAGUGAAUCUCCACUAGUAGGACAAAAUCUACGAGCAUCCUCUCAGACGCCCCUGGGCAGAACAUCAGCUCCAUUAUCUCGCAGUGCCAACGAACAACCACCAUAUUCGUUCGGUUCAUCGGUGAGCCUUGAUCCUCGUUCCUUGUCGCCCAUACCCGAUCCGGUGGCACUGGCGGAAAUCAAGCGGAUGGUUCCUCAGAUCCAAUCUACCAAGGACGGCUUGAGGAACCUUGGCGGAAUGAUUGAAGCAUUGGGAGCUUAUGUCAAGCACGCCAGGAAUACGCCGGCACCUGCCUCCUAUGAAGAUCAAACGUCCAGGAGCGGAAGAACACCACAAACCAUGUCCGAGGGCGAUUUCUCAAACUCUUUGGCAGGGUCCGCGUUCGACGCAUUCCUCAAUGAUCUGGAAGACGAAGAGGGCGGCGACCCUGGCCUCGCUGCUGGAAACAAUACACAGGCAGAAAAUCGCUAG